CUGCCCCUCCCCCUCCCCUCUCUCGCCCGCUUUCUGUCAGCUUUUCUCCCUCUCCCUGUCCCCCUCUCUCCUUCCUCUAGCUUCCUCUUUCGCACCUGAGCAACGCACCUGCCCGGGCCCGGCUCCGCUCCCUCCUCCCUCCUCCCUUUACCCCGCCCCGGCCGGAAGGCUCCGGCCUCCGCCGCGGGAGCUUGGCGGCUGCGUCACCGCCGCCCCCCCCCCCCCCCCCGCCCCAGACAAGAUGGACACCGCCGAGGAAGACAUAUGUAGAGUGUGUCGGUCAGAAGGAACACCUGAGAAACCUCUUUAUCAUCCUUGUGUGUGUACUGGCAGUAUUAAGUUUAUCCAUCAAGAAUGCUUAGUUCAGUGGCUGAAACACAGUCGAAAAGAAUACUGUGAAUUAUGCAAGCACAGAUUUGCUUUCACACCAAUUUAUUCCCCAGAUAUGCCUUCGCGGCUUCCAAUCCAAGACAUAUUUGCUGGACUGGUUACAAGUAUUGGCACUGCAAUACGAUAUUGGUUUCAUUAUACACUUGUGGCCUUUGCAUGGUUGGGAGUUGUUCCUCUUACAGCAUGCCGCAUCUACAAGUGCUUGUUUACUGGCUCUGUGAGCUCCCUACUGACACUGCCACUAGACAUGCUGUCCACGGACAAUUUGUUGGCGGAUUGUUUGCAGGGUUGUUUUGUGGUGACGUGCACAUUGUGUGCGUUCAUCAGCCUGGUGUGGCUGCGAGAGCAGAUAGUCCACGGGGGAGCCCCGAUCUGGCUGGAGCACGCGGCCCCGCCCUUCCACGCUGCUGGGCAUCACCCAAAUGAGGCUCCAGCAGGAGGAAAUGGUGCUGAAAAUGUUGCCCCCGAGCAGCCUGCUAACCCACCAGCUGAGAACGCAGUGGUGGGGGAAAACCCUGCAGCCCAGGAUGACCAGGCGGAAGAGGAGGAGGAGGAGAAUGAGGAGGAGGACGACGCGGGCGGGGAGGACGCAGCUGAUGCCAACAAUGGGGCGCAGGACGACAUGAACUGGAAUGCUUUAGAGUGGGACCGAGCUGCAGAAGAGCUUACAUGGGAAAGAAUGCUAGGACUUGAUGGAUCACUCGUUUUUCUAGAACAUGUCUUCUGGGUGGUGUCUUUAAACACACUGUUCAUUCUUGUUUUUGCAUUUUGCCCUUACCACAUUGGCCACUUCUCCCUUGUUGGUUUGGGAUUUGAAGAACACGUCCAGGCAUCCCAUUUUGAAGGCCUAAUCACGACCAUAGUUGGGUAUAUACUUCUAGCAAUAACACUGAUAAUUUGUCAUGGCUUGGCAACUCUUGUUAAAUUUCAUAGGUCUCGUCGCUUGCUGGGAGUCUGCUAUAUUGUUGUGAAGGUCUCUUUGUUAGUGGUGGUAGAAAUUGGAGUGUUCCCUCUCAUUUGUGGCUGGUGGCUGGAUAUCUGUUCCCUGGAAAUGUUUGAUGCUACUCUGAAAGAUCGAGAACUGAGCUUUCAGUCGGCUCCAGGUACUACCAUGUUUCUGCAUUGGCUGGUGGGAAUGGUAUAUGUGUUCUACUUUGCCUCCUUCAUUCUGUUACUGAGAGAGGUACUUCGACCUGGUGUCUUGUGGUUUCUAAGGAAUUUAAAUGAUCCAGAUUUUAAUCCAGUACAAGAAAUGAUUCACUUGCCUAUUUAUAGGCAUCUCCGAAGAUUUAUUUUGUCAGUGAUUGUUUUUGGCUCCAUUGUACUCCUGAUGCUUUGGCUACCUAUACGGAUAAUUAAGAGUCUGCUGCCUAAUUUUCUUCCGUACAAUGUCAUGCUCUAUAGUGAUGCUCCAGUGAGUGAACUGUCCCUUGAGCUGCUUCUGCUUCAAGUUGUCUUACCAGCGUUACUUGAACAGGGACACACGCGGCAGUGGCUGAAGGGACUGGUGCGAGCGUGGACUGUUACUGCUGGAUACUUGCUGGAUCUUCAUUCCUAUUUGUUGGGAGACCAGGAAGAAAACGAGAACAGUGCAAACCAACAAGCUAACAAUAACCAGCACGCUCGAAAUAACAACGCCCUCCCCGUGGUGGGGGAGGGCCUGCAUGCAGCCCACCAAGCCAUCCUCCAGCAGGGCGGGCCUGUUGGCUUCCAGCCUUACCGCCGGCCCCCACAUUUCCCGCUCAGGAUAUUUUUGUUGAUUGUCUUCAUGUGCAUAACCUUACUGAUCGCCAGCCUCAUCUGCCUUACUCUACCAGUAUUUGCUGGCCGUUGGUUAAUGUCAUUUUGGACGGGGACUGCCAAAAUCCAUGAGCUCUACACAGCUGCUUGUGGUCUUUAUGUUUGCUGGCUAACCAUCAGGGCGGUGACAGUGCUGGUGGCAUGGAUGCCACAGGGACGCAGAGUGAUCUUCCAGAAGGUUAAGGAGUGGUCCCUUAUGAUAAUGAAGACCGUGAUAGUCGCGGUGCUGCUGGCUGGAGUCGUCCCGCUUCUUCUGGGGCUUCUGUUUGAGCUGGUUAUUGUUGCCCCCCUGAGGGUUCCUUUGGAUCAGACUCCUCUUUUUUACCCAUGGCAGGACUGGGCACUUGGAGUCCUGCAUGCCAAAAUCAUUGCAGCUAUAACAUUGAUGGGUCCUCAGUGGUGGCUGAAAACUGUAAUUGAGCAGGUUUACGCAAAUGGCAUCCGGAACAUUGACCUUCAGUAUAUCAUUCGGAAACUGGCAGCGCCAGUGAUCUCUGUGCUCUUGCUUUCCCUGUGUGUACCUUAUGUCAUCGCGUCCGGCGUCGUUCCUUUACUUGGUGUUACUGCGGAAAUGCAAAAUUUGGUCCACCGGCGGAUUUAUCCAUUUUUACUGAUGGUUGUGGUGUUGAUGGGAAUCUUGUCCUUCCAGGUCCGCCAGUUUAAGCGCCUUUAUGAACAUAUUAAAAAUGACAAGUACCUUGUGGGCCAACGCCUCGUGAACUAUGAACGGAAAUCUGGCAAACAAGGCACAUCUCCUCCGCCUCCACAGUCGUCCCAAGAAUAAAGUGGUUGUCUCAACUACCUUGACCUUCGCCUGCCUUUACGUGUCCUUUUUUGUGGACUUCUCUCUUUGGAGAUUCUCCCCAGUGAUCUCUCAGCGUUGUUUUUAAGUUAAGGGUAUUUGACUUGGGUUUUCAGCAUUCAGCAAGCAGCAGUGUGAGGCUCUGCUGCCCUUCCUGCAUCUUAUGACAUCAUUGCUGUCUGAGGUCUGUAUAUGUGUAAAUAGAAGUUCCUGGAUACCCUAAAACCUUGGAUCAAACAGAAUGUGCAUUGUACAUCUUUAAACAAAAUGUAUAUUAAUUUAUUAAAUCUAGUUGUCACUUUA